AGUUGAAGAGCUCUUGGGGGUGCUCGAGCCGAAAAAGGGCUAUUUACAGUGUGAUCUCAGCCAUUUAUAUAUCUGUUUACAGAUAUAUAAAAGCAAGAAAAAAGGAAAAAAAAAACCUUUUAAAAAAAUUUGGUUGCAAUGAGUGACUACGGCAAAUUUUUACAGUGUGAAAAUUUGCCACCUAACAUAACCACAGAAUUUGGCGCACUUUCCCCAAUCCGAGACAACAAGACAAUUUAUGUAAGGCGGGAGUUUUCCCAUAUCCUCGAGAAAUCCGAUUCAAUCAAGUCAAAACUGUCUCAAAUUGAAAAAAUAAACUCGAUUUGUAACACUCAGCGAGGCCAAAAAGAAAUUGUUCGGUUCAUCCUCAACCAACAUCAAAACAAGCCCUCCCUAUUUUACACCAGCAACAUGCGCCAGUACUCCGAGGAAGAUUUUAAGAUCAAAUUCUGGUCGCAUAUCUUCGAGGAGGUCUUUGGCUAUAGCAAAAUUGAUCUUAAAUGGGGGGACACAAUCCCCCAUUCAUUAUCAAGCUCCAAGGUCCAGGCAAAAAUGGGUCUUCGCACAACCACUUCCUCGGAACCCAUGGAUUAUACAAGGACCGGAAUCUUAACGACCAUAUAUUGCCUUGGUUUGAUUAGAACAAGAUGAAGUACAUGGCAGUCGAAUCCCAUGAUCUGUAUUAGUGGGAUACUGAUGGUUUUUGGGUCGGACUUCAAAUUGUUUACGAAAGAGUUAAGAUGCAAUUUGGACAGAAGAACAAGCUUGAAUUUAUCCAAAUAAUACUUGCUAGCCGUGCACUCUUUAGCGAAUUCUACCAUUUUCUACC